CAAAUUGGAAUGGAGGGAGUAAUACGCAAUUUAUAACUAUAUAUCUUUUCGUUUGGGGUGUGAUGGGAUAAAUCAAAAUGGAUCAAAAUGGAUCUCUAAACUAUGGAGUCAAAAUUUCACCAUUUUUGGCUUUGGGGUGUGAUGGAAUAAAUCAAAAUGGAUCUCUAAACUAUCUGCGCUUCUUUAAUUAAUGAAGUAGCAGUUAGUCAAACACUGCAACUUUCGAUGUUGAGCCGGGGGUCUCUUUGGAAACAGCCUCUCUACUUUCGAGUAGGGGCAAGGUCUGCGUACACACACCCUCCCCAGACCCUACUCUUGUGGGAUUUAACUGGGUUGUUGUUGUUGUUGUAUAUCUUUUCGUUUGAAAAUUUAUCGCAUUAGAGCAUUAUCUUUUUACAAUGAAAAUAUAUUACUCUGCUCUCCAUCAUAUCCAUACCCUUGCAAAACAAAUAUUCGAAAACUGUUCUACCGUAGUAGGUCAGUAAAUGUAUCUCCUGAACGUGAUUUACCUUUGGUUCAUGUAGUCGAUUUUGAGUUACUUAGUAUUGGGCUUUGUUGGUGAUGUUGUUUGUUUGUUUCUGAUGACAUAAUGAUAUUUGCGGCAUCCAAAAAUAUCAAUGCCAGGGUUUGUACCGGGGCAGUGAGAGGUCUCUAUAUACUUUCUUUUGCUUGUUUCUAUCUCCCUUCUUGAUGAUAUUGGGAUGUUUUUAAUCUAUCUUUGAACUAGUCAACAUUACCUUUCAGAAAAUACAAUUGAGCAAAGAUUUAGCUAAGUGUUAAACACAUGCAUGUAGGAUUACUGCUUUUAUUAAAACGGAGAAAGUGUACUUUUUCUAGUGAAAUGAUUUUGACGGCCUUUAACAUUCAGGGCUUCAGGCUAUGUCUGAAAUGUGUAAAAUGGCAUUUCAUUUUCUUCUGUUCAAUUAUUUUCAACUUCUAUCUUUGGAUAAGUUCUUAUGUUUUCUGGGUUAUGAUGAUCCAGCAGCUGCACUGAAGGUUUUGUAUCACCUGCCAUUUCCAUACUCAGUACUAAGUGCAUUCAUGGUUAUCCCCAAACCUCUAAGGGAUGCUGUCUAUGACUAUGUUGCAAAGAGACGCUACGACUGGUUUGGGAAAGAUGGUGGGGAUUGCUUGGUUCUGCAGGACAAAGAGUUGCUAGACCGUUUCAUUGAUGCAGAAGAAUUGCUGAGACGGAAUCGAUCUGCAUGCUCUGUGAAUAGAUUAGGAAUGCAUGCAUUCUCAUGGCCGGAUUUUGACCCACCGAGAUAUAUGGGAGUAAAUCUGUAAUGGAAGGAGGAGUAAGAGAGUAGAAUCUAGCUAUAUAUAUGAACUCAAAACCCCACUUUGUUAGAGUUACGUUGUCAAACCAAAUUCUUAUUUCUUCUAUUAUUUCUCUCAGUAAUGUUUUUUCUCUUCUCUGCUAAACUUGUCAAAUUCUUUCUUGCUUUUAUUAAAUAGUGGACAAGUUC